UAUAUAUAUAUCCUCAUUUGACAUUUCCUUCAAUUUUCACUUUAUAUAUUUCUCUCUCUAGAAAGAAGAAAGAAAAAAAAUUGAGUGGAAUUAAUUCCAAGGCAUGAAAAACAGUAUCAGAUGCUGCAUUUCUUGCAUUCUUCCGUGCGGGUCACUCGACGUGAUCCGAAUAGUGCAUGCCAACGGCCGGGUUGAGGAAAUCAGCGGCGCCGUCACGGCGGAACAAAUCAUGAAACUUCACCCCAGGCACGUCUUGAAGAAGCCAUCCUCGCCGGCCGGCGAAGGUAUGUGCCCCAGGAUCGUCGUCGUUCCUCCCGACGCGGAGCUCCAGCGCGGCAAGAUCUACUUCCUCAUGCCCCUGCCGCCUCCGCCGCCGCCGGAGAAAACCCGAUCCAGAUUGUCAGCCAAGAGGAAAAAGAAGGAAACGGAUAGGAACAGUUACAGAAGUACUGCAGCGGCGGCGAAGACCGGCGGAAAUGACGACGACUCCGCCGCCGCCGCCGUGACGAACCUCCUUUCCGAUCGUUAUUUGAGUGAGCUGUUAUCGGAGAAGGUUUCGUCUCAGAGGGAUCGGCGGCGAGGCCGCGUCGGAGUGUGGAGACCCCACUUAGAGAGCAUUUGCGAAACGCCGUCCGAACCGUUAAUUCACGGCGAGUAAAAUUCGUUUUCUUGAUCCUUGGUAAUAUUAUUCACUAGGGUUUUAAAAUAUUUAUUUUUAUGUUUUUCCUUAAUUCUUCGGCCCUGUUCGUAUCCUUUCAUUUGUACAUAAGCAUUUAAGCAAAUUACGAGGGUGGGGAAAAAACGUAACUAAUUUCUUGCAUGCAAAUUGAAUUUUGUCGCUGUUUGCGGAGA